CCGCUCUCCCAAAUAUGCGCUUUGUUUCAGAUACUAUCUGAACUCUAGCUGCAGAUCAGAAUCUAUUAUGCACUGAGAUUGCUUCAGGGCUUGAAGUGUCGUUGCGGACUUACAUGUAACCCCUUGGCGCAUACCGAGUAGCAUAUCGCCUGAUCUCAACGUUGAAGACCCACCGGACACCAACAAACCGAUCCGCUUCCUUGACUUUAUCAACCUAUCAGUCAUUUCACUACUUUUUUGUUGUUACUGUAAUUCAAUAUAACCAAAAUGGACAUGUUCUCUUUCCUCCCGUCAUUCGGUCAAUGGAGACUAUGGGAAGACUCCAAAGUUAUCGAUAUCCCUCCAGUUGAAGUGCAUGAGAUCGAAACCGCCCAAGAGAAGCCCGCCCGGGCUCUAAAGCAUCUACUCAAACUGAACCACGCCAACUACGCUUUCUUGUGGAACGAACGCAAAUUCCAUAAUCAUGCGCCUCAUAUUCUUAGUUCAGCCUUCCUGCAAGGCGCAGAUGCGGAUGACUUGAACCGUAUCUAUGAGAACGAGUCCAAAUCUCUGGAUCCCUGGGAAGACUCUCCCGGUGAGAUCAGUACCUAUGACUGGCGAGACUAUCUUUCGCGCCGAGAGUAUCAACGUGCGUUCGUAGACUUCUUCGAGGAUGAACUUGUCCGCCAUAGUUACGACUGGAAGGCAGUUGUCUUCCAGUACAUGUUCUCAGGCAAAGAGCCCAUAUUCAGCUCUCUUGUCGCCGAUCUCGGCCACCCCCUUAUCCACCUCGCAUAUGCGUUUGAGAUGUCCAGUCGCGAGGUAGCCAUGGAGGCCCUGGGCAUGACGGCCACCUGCUACGGCAGCAUCCACAAAUACCUCGACGAUCCCUCCUACUCCAAGAUCGAGCCCUCCUACCGCACCACCUCUCUCCUCGACAUCCUGGCCAAAGUCCGCGCGGACAAGCAAUUCCACGACCUCUUCACCACCUCCGCCGAAGAGAACAUCAACGUCCUCUUCCGCAGCCACGAGGCUGCCCUCCUCAACCACUGGAAUGCCUGGACCAUCCACGACCCCGUCGCCCAGUUCCGCGACAGCCAGGAAGCCGCCGCGGCGCUGCUGGUCGCCACCGUCUCGCCCGCCCAUCCGAAGUACAACUUCUUCCUUGUGCAUAUCCUCACCACCAGUCACGCCGUCCGCAUCCUUCUCCCCCUCAUCCCAGGUAAGUUCCAGCUGCCCCUCGUCCGGCAGUGGUGGCUCAUGACGCUGAGCGUCUACGUUGCGGGGCUCCGGCCGGAAAUCGAUCUUAAGCGCAUCAAGGGAUAUGAUAUCCAAGGCCGCGACUGGAAGUGGACGGCGCACAUGGCUGUCAAGGGGAAGUAUGCCACGGACGCGCACUACGUCAAGGCUAUCCGGGCGUUGAGGGAGGCGGCGAACACGUGGGGUGAUCCGGAGGAGUAUUACCUUCGGGCGGCUGUUCGGUUUGCUGAGGAGUUUGAUGAUUGGGAGUUUUAAGGGAGGUUAAUGGGGUGUAAAAGCUUUAUCUAUCGUAUUCUUGGUUUGCAUUGUUGCAUGGUAUGAUCGUGGUGGUCUUUCUCUUCUUCUUUUGUCUGGGUAGGCGCGUUUAAUCUGCUGGGGGAAUGCCAUAUGCUCGUUACUGUAAGGUGUUAUACUGAUACAGAUUGUAUUUGAUGGGAAUAUCCUCAACUGCCUUCUAUCCUAUAGUUUGAAAUUGGAUAUCUCUAGC